GAUUUACGUUAAUUGCGGAAUUACCUGCGCUCAUAAUCGUCGCUGAGUUAUACGUUUUAUUAGUCGUUAAUGAUCUUAGCCCGGGCACCUCUUCAUAUUGCUAAAGCAUCACGUGAGUAUAUGUUUAUUUCUGGCAGACGAACGAUCCAACGUCGCUAUUCUACAAUCCUUGACAAGCACUUGCCACAAUGGCAUCAGAAUUGAUUCAACCACUUUGUGUUUUUGGACAGAACGAGAACUAUUCUAGGGUAUCUAAGCACAGUGUGUCUCUUACCGCAUUCAUUAUCGGCGAUAGAUGAACAUUCGUCAGAACACGACAUGGAUUACGACAGAUCUUACAAUGGCAGCACAACGCCAUAGGAUCAUGCAACACUACCCCAUUCACCCCUUACCUUUGCAUCAGAAGCAGCCAGAAUCCCUCCAGCUCCGUGACUCCGUUACUAAUCCCACGGUAUAUGCUUUGUUCCUCGAGGACAAGGAUAUAUGAAUCUCACUAUCACAUCGCGGCGACUAGGUCUUUAUAAAUAAUGCGGUAACUGUACGCCCGCGGCUUCAAUGAUACCCGAAUCCUAGAACUACGGGGCGCUUGGAGUCCUUGGCUGUAGGUGACCAUAUAAUGAAUCCUUCAUAAAAAAGGUCUAGUGUAUCCACGGCCGUUCCGUAGUGGGGCAUAUAGUUUUGAUCGAGAUAUAUGUAUAUGGAUAAGCGCACGGCGCAGUAUAGCUAUUUCUACCGCUUUCAAGUCGAGUUCCUCUAUUCUCUAUACCAAACACAUACAUUUCUCAAAUCAACAAGAAACACAAUCAUGUCUUCCCCAGGACCUCUUUUCAUUGUCGGCACCGGUCCCAUGAUCGGAUCUCACAUCCCCCGCCUUUUCGCGACCCACACUUUCACACACAUUGCACUCUUUGCACGUUCUGAAUCUACCCUCUCUGCAUCACGCGACUUCAUUGCCGCCGCAGCUCCAUCAGCUAAAAUCCACACCUACUCAGCUGAUGUGAUCGAUACCUCCGGUCUAACAUCCGCUCUCCAGACUGCCGUCAAAGAAGUCGGGUCCCCAGAAGUAGUAGUCUACAAUGCGGCCCGUGUCAGCUACGGAAAUUUCGGCGAGUACAGCGAGGCCGACAUUGUCGAAGAUUUCAAGAUUCCAAACUUGGGAUUGUACACAACUGCAAAGGUGUUGCUUCCCGGUUUGCAAGCAUUAGCAAAGGAGAAACCGGAGUCUCAUCCUUCGCUUUUCGUCACCAGUUCGCCGAUUAUUUAUCAGCCUUUUGCACCUGUAUUUUCACUCAGUAUGGCAAAGGCUGCGCAGGCAAACUUGGUCAAGUUAUUGAUUGAGCAGACCAAGGAUGAGGUGCAUGUUGCUCUUGUUACAAUUGGAGGUCCAGUCAGCGAACAAGAGCCGGUCAAUAACCCAAAGCAUAUUGCUACCAAGUUUUGGGAGUUAUGGGAGCAGAAGAAGGGAAGCAGAGAUGUUGAGUUGUUGGUCCAGUAAGGAACAGUACGGCAAUUCUGUGUGUAUGGAUCAUAUCAAGGGCUUGAAAACAGAUUGCAUUGAGCUAGACAUUCUCAAUUUUAUGACACCAAUUCAUGAUAAUGUUAGCAUUUGAGCCAUCUUUUCAAUCAUGUUAUACGUGUUUUCCUCCAUUAUAUUUACAUAUAAAGUUGAGGUUUGGUGAAAGUCACUUAAUCCAUAGUUUUAUAAACUUCCAUUAAUUGCAAUAUUACCUUCCCCAGCUCCUCUGAAUUUUCAACCAUUUUUCUUACA